CACAACCAAUCCACCGCAUCAACUCUCCUUUCACUCAAUAUUAGUUAGUUUCCCUUGAAGCGAACACGACAAACACAUCACGUCCAUAUCUUCCACCAUUAGCCAGAAACCAAAGCCCACCACCCUCCACCCACCUUGCUUUCACGUUUUCACGAUCUCAAAACAAACCACCCCUCGACUCCCUCUCCCCUUCUCAUAUAACUCCCUUGUUUCACAACCAAGAACGAUCGAGAUCCAAGCAAAACAAGAAACCCUCAUUAAGAAAGAUGUGCUGUGGAGGUCGAAUGUGCAUGCUGUGCACAUGCUUGAUACUAGUGGUGAUCUUGAUUGGCUUAUCGUUCGGUUUUGGAGUUUUCAAGAAUGGGUUUCACAAGUUGAAGGAUCACCUUGAUGUUUGUGAUCCUAACGCUAUUGGCUCCUUUUGCGGCGGCGGCAGCAAGGCUUCGAGGCCUUUCUUGGGUUUCCCAGCCCCCCCUCCUGGCUCUUUCUAGGGACAAGAAGAAUUCUCUCAUUCUGCUGCUGUGAUGGUUUUCUUUAGCGUUCCGAGUCCCUUUAUGUGCCCUGAUUGUUUUAGGAAUCUGUGAUGAGAUUGUUUAUUGGCAUUUUUUUAUUAAAUUCAUUUAUCCUAGUACAUUAAUUGUUUCUUGAUCUGGUCUUGAUGUCAAUGACAGUGAAUUACUUUAGUACUAUUUGUUUGAUGAUUAUGAUCGUGGUGACUAGAGAUCCAGGGGCCAAGUCCUUUCAACU